AUGCUCUUCCGGGGUCAAAGCCGCAACACAGCUGGUUUGUUUUGUAUGACUGGUACGCCAAAGUGAUGAGUCCUUCUUCGAUUUGAAGUGAUCUGCAGCCUCAAGUCCUUAUGAGCCAUCAGCGCAUCUAACUAGGAGUUUAUCGUCAAAGUCAAAUCUCUUUCGAUUUAUUUAUAAUAAGAAUAAAACUGCCUCAAAAAUGAACGUGACACUGGCUGUGAAGCAGUACAUCUCCAAGAUGAUCGAAAGCAGCGGCCCAGGCAUGAAGGUGCUUCUGAUGGACAAGGAGACGACCAGCAUCGUGAGCGUGGUGUACAUGCAGUCGGAGAUCCUGCAGAAGGAGGUCUACCUCUUCGAGCGGAUCGACUCGCAGAACAGGGAGAACAUGAAGCACCUGAAGGCGAUCUGCUUCCUCCGGCCAACCAAGGAGAACAUCGAACACCUGAUCCAGGAGCUCCACCGGCCCAAGUACAGCGUCUACUUCAUCUUCUUCAGCAACGUGAUCAGCAAGAGCGAGGUGAAGGCUCUGGCGGAGGCCGACGAGCAGGAGGUCGUGGCCGAGGUGCAGGAGUUCUACGGAGACUUCAUCGCUGUGAACCCUCAUCUCUUCUCCCUCAAUCUCCUGGGCUGUGCACGGGGCCGGAGCUGGGAGCCCGCCGUGCUGGCCCGCACCACGCAGGGCCUGACCUCCGUCCUCCUGGCCUUGAAGAAGUGCCCCAUGAUCCGCUACCAGCUGUCCUCCGACAUGGCCAAGAGGCUGGCCGAGAGCGUCAAGCAAAUCAUCACCAAGGAGUACGAGCUGUUUGACUUCAGGAAGACGGAGGUGCCCCCACUUCUGCUCAUCCUGGACCGCAGCGACGAUGCCAUCACGCCCCUUCUGAGCCAGUGGACGUACCAGGCCAUGGUCCAUGAGCUCCUGGGUCUCAACAACAACCGCAUCGACCUGUCCCGCGUGCCGGGCAUCAGCAAGGACCUGCGGGAGGUGGUGCUGUCUGCAGAGAGCGACGAGUUCUACGCCAACAACCUGUACCUGAAUUUUGGAGAGAUCGGCACCAACAUCAAGAACCUGAUGGAGGACUUCCAGAAGAAGAAGCCCAAAGGACAGCAGAAGCUGGAGUCCAUCGCAGACAUGAAGGCCUUCGUGGAUAACUACCCGCAGUUCAAGAAGAUGUCCGGCACGGUGUCGAAGCACGUGACCGUGGUGGGGGAACUGUCGCGCCUGGUCAGCGAGAGGCACCUGAUGGAGGUGUCGGAGGUGGAACAGGAGCUAGCCUGCCAGAACGACCACUCCAGCGCGCACCAGAACGUGCGCCGGCUCCUGCAGCACCCCAAGGUGACGGAGCUGGACGCGGCCCGGCUGGUGAUGCUGUACGCCCUGCGCUACGAGCGGCACAGCAGCAACAACCUGCCGGGGCUGAUGGAGGACCUGAGCCGGAAGGGCGUCUCCGAGCGCCUGCGCAAGAUGGUGCAGUCCGUGGUGGAGUACGGGGGGAAGAGGGUGAGAGGAAGUGACCUCGUCACGCCCACGGACGCGGUGGCCAUCACCAAGCAGUUCUUCAAAGGGCUCAAGGGGGUGGAGAAUGUCUACACCCAACACCAGCCCCUGCUGCAGGAGACCCUGGACCAGCUGAUGAAGGCCAGGCUGAAGGACAGCCAGUACCCCUACCUCGGACCAAGCACCCUGCGAGACAGGCCGCAGGACAUCAUCGUCUUCCUCAUCGGGGGGGCCACCUACGAGGAGGCGCUGACCGUCUACAACCUGAACCGCACCACCCCGGGGGUCCGCGUCGUGCUGGGGGGCACCACCAUCCAUAACACCAAGAGGUGAGUCCCCGCCGAGCAG